ACGUACAAAAAUAAGAAGAUAAAUGAUAAAGAUAAAAGAUAAAUGAUAUUAGUAUCAAUAAAACCUCUAUUAACUUGUUUUUCAGCACCAAUAUGUUUGUUUAUUACAAUCUUAUAUUAAUAUUAUUAGUUUUCUGUGAAAAAGUUGUAUCAGAAAUUGACACCAUAGUUAACGAAGAAGACAUUACAUGUAUUGUAAGUGGAAACUCAGUUUACUCUGCUAUAGACAAUGGACAAAUAAAUUAUAAGCAUUUGCGCAGUUUACAUGAAUUAGAUCUAAAUUUAGGCAAUGACUGGAAUGUCACAAAUACUGAUCACUUUUCGUUUCAACCAGUUACUGACCAACGGUGGGAAAAUUUCACAAAUGAACGUUUGUUUUUCUUGCAUGAAACAACACAGUCUUUUUCCGUGUUUACGAAUAAAACAUGUACGUUUGGUAUCCUGUCGAAACACUUUAGACAAAUACGAAAAUUUUCUUUACUCGACGCCACAUGUGAAAGUCCUCAAUGGUUUCAUUAUACUGCAGUUUCAAAAAAUAAUAGGGUACAGAUUUUUACUGCAAAUGGAGACUUGGUGCUAAAUAUCAGAACAGGAUUUGAACCCUAUUUUUUUCGAAGUUUUGACAGUGAUUUAAGAAUACACAAUUAUUCAUUUCUAUACUCCAGUAAAAUAAGUAACGAUUACUUGAUCUCGACUCAGGAUGUUAAAUGUAUCUCGAUGUUCGUGUCUGUGGACAACGGUUGUUACUUGGAAUUCUCUGAUUUAAGUUUUACAAGGGUUGAUGGAUUUAAUAGUCCAAAUUCUUUAAAAAAAUGGCAAAGAGUGGAAUUAGGUCUAGGUGUUUCAAAAAACGCUUCGCUAAUAUUAAAAAAAGGUUGUGAUGAUAACAGGAAAAUUGGUUUUUGGGCCGUAGACAAUAUCCAAAAUUGCGGUGAAAAAAUAAGAAUUCUUAGGGCAAUUAUCCCUAAAGAUUGUGUAAAUUGCACGUGCAAAGAACUUGAUCACAACAAAGAAAAUGGCAGAGAACAUCAUGAAGAUAAAGAAGAAAACUUAAAUCGAAGUACAACAAAAUGUGGUAGCAAAUGUUCGAUUUGCCAUCCUCAAAAGGGCUGUUUAAAUCAGUGGCGGGUAACAGCUGCCACUUCGACACCAGGAAAAGAUUUGACUUCAUAUGUAACAAAUGCAAUAGAAGUUUUACAGCCCGAACUAUUAUUUUCUCAUGUAACCAAAGAGCUUAUUGUAACUUGUCGAUUUACACAAAACGUUCCGACUAAUACCAAUAUUAGCAUCACAGUCUUAGAAAACAGUAGUGGACAGAUAACAGAAGAAACGUUCCUUAACACUCAAUCAAAUGGACUGUCGUACCCUAUUUCAGUUGAUUAUAACCAAGAAUAUACAGUGGAAGUUUCAUCAAAAGGAGAAUUUCAGAACAUUAUUUUUUUUAUAAAAGUUUUACCAUCUUCAGAAGAAUUUUCUGCAAAACCAUUCGUAGAGAUGUGUUCCAAAACGUGUUUAUUAAUGAUCCCGAUUCCAAAGCAUUUAGAAAACAUUGUUUUUUUUGUAAGUCGAAGAAAUGCAUUUGACGAGAAAACGUUAAAAAGAAAUUUAUUAAAACCGAAUGGAACGUUGAAAAUGUAUAAUAACAUGUGGAUUAUAAAACAUAAAACUGUCAGGGGGAAUACUUUUCAACUGGAAAUUGGUAAUGGUGAAAAUGUUGCAGUUUCAGUAAAAAACCAAACAUACGUUAACUGCGUAUUCUUAAAUAAUUUAACGAUACAUCCAAUCACAUUUCAAGAAGUCGUUAAAGAUGACAAGGAUAAAAGAGACUCUGCAUUUCCGGUUUCUUUAAGUUCUUUAAUAAUUGCAGGAGUCCUGUUAUUACUCCUAACAAUUAUUAUUAUUUCUAUAUUAUGCAUAAAGCGUCGCAAAGGAAAUAAAAAUACAAAUGCAAAUUACAUAUCUUUACAAAGAAUUGUUGUUAACGAUAAGACGCUAGAAAAGGAUGACUUUGUCAACAUUUUGAAACUCAAGAUAAAAUCAAAAAACUUAGAAGAAGAAUUCCAAAUUCUGUCAGAGAAGAUUAAUAAUAAGAAAUCGUGGGAAGCUGUAAGAGAGAAGAAUGUAAAAAAAAAUAAAACAAUUGAUAAGGGUUUACCAUAUGAUUAUAACAGAGUGGUUCUUACGGAAAUGAUAGGAGUAGGAACUGAUGAUUACAUAAAUGCUAGUUACAUAAACGGUUAUGAUCGUCCUAAAUCAUACAUAGCUGCCCAAGGACCAAAAUUUAACACUAUAAAAGAUUUUUGGAGAAUGAUUUGGCAAGAACGAAUUAAAACAAUUGUAAUGGUCGCAAAUUUUGUUGAAAAGGGAAAAAGAAUGUGUGCAGAAUACUGGCCUCCAAAGGAGGGUACAACGUUUGAAUGUGGUUUGAUGCAUGUUGAUUUGGUAACCGAAGAAAAAUAUGAAUAUUACCACAAACGGAAAUUCGAGGUACAUUACUACGAGUCAACGAGAAGUAUACAGCAUUUUCAACUCAAGUGGAAUUCGGAUGAUUUUUUAUAUCCAAAUAGUUUUAUACCAGUUGUUACCGAGUUGAGAAGAAUCAGGCAAAGCAAUUCGUAUCCAGUUUUAAUUCAUUCGGGUUUAGGAACAGACAGAACUGGAACUUUAAUUUUAUGUGAUUUGGCAUUGGAAAUGUUGGAAAAGAGAAACAAUGUUAAUUUUUUCAUUUUAACUAACGGUUUAAGAAUACAAAGGCGUAAUAUUAUCAGCACACCACAACAUUACGUCUUGGCUCAUUUAAUUGUAUCGGAAUAUUUAUUACAAAAAGAUUGUCCAGUUAAAAGUGAUGGUCAGUCAGUGAUGUUUACUAAACAGCAGCUGCACGAACAAUUAAAAUACAUAAAACGGUUAUGUAAACAAGACAAAACUAUACGAUUAUGGAAGAAAAAUACUAAAAAUGUAACGCAAAUUCGUGUGGAUGGUUAUGCGAAACCUUUGAAAUAUAUUGUUAUUCCACGACGUACUAAGAAUGAUUUCUGGAGUCUAGUUACCGACCAUGUUAUUAAUGAUUCGGAAGCGAAUGAUGAAUCCAUACAUUGCAUUGUAAUGUUAAAUAAAUGUAAGCGAGGGUUUAAGUUGUGGCCGUGUGUAAUAGAAUGGAAUAAAUCCGUGGUUAAAGUAAAUUGUUCAAAUACUACAACAACUUCACACUACUUUCUAUCGGAAAUUAGUUUGGAACUCUGCCAUGAAUACUCUACAGACAAUGCCCAGUAUUCGAAAAAUAUAAUGUUUUACGAAAUUCAUGAAGACCAUAAAAUGGCGCCAGAUCAUAUUUUAAAUAUAAUUACAGAUGUAGAAAAAUUUAAACAAAUUGUGGUUUCGUGCAAUGAUGGGAUCAGCAUGAGUGGCCUUUUUGUUGCUGUAUCUCAUAUUGUGGAAACUUUUCAAAUGGAACAGAGGAUUGAUGUUUGUAAUGCUAUAAGAACUGUCAGAAGAAGUGGUGUCAAUUUUAUCAAUAGUUCACAAGAGUUGGAAUUGGUUUAUCAGUGUGCUACAUCCUAUUUGCAAAAUUUGAAAAUAUAUACAGAAAUAAAUUAAAAUACAUUAUA